AUGAGCAUGCUCAGAGUAUGAAUAGGACAGGCUGUAAACUGUAGGUGGGUUCAAUAAAUAACAACACAUAGAUAUGUAAAGGGAAAUAGAAAUAUAAUUAACAGUAUGAACAAUGGAUGUGAGAUGCAGUUGUUUGCAUGUCUGUGGAGAGAUGUGGGAUGUUACUGAACCACGGAGCUUCCUCACUGACAACUUCCGAUUCUGGCUUUUAUUAUGGAAAGUACACCGGAACUGCCUCGUCUGUAGUGUUGCAGUCUUGACAGGUGAGUUAUUUCCACCUGGAGGCAGCGCAGCAUCCCAGAGCGAGUCUGUGGAAAGCGCCACGUUCGGACCGUAAAGCCGACAGCAUGUCCGGUGUCGGGAUGUUCGUCGCUCUGUGUUUGGCUCCAGCUGCUCUGUCGAGUCUGCACCCUGAAUGCGAAUACAUAUUUCAGCUGGAGAAAGAGGAGCGUCGCUGCCUUCAGCACAUUGCCGAGCAGGGAAACAGAAGCACAGGUUGUCGUCCAUUCUGGGAUGCAGUCAGCUGCUGGCCUCAUGCAUUCACCGGAGAAACCGUCCACAGAGCUUGUCCUGCAGUCUUCUCCCUCUUCAGAAACAGCACAGGGUCAGUGAGCAGAAACUGCACCCCUGCAGGCUGGUCCAGGCCCUUCCCGCCAUACCAUAUCGCCUGCAACGUGGACGCUGACAUUCCUGAGACCGAGGAGUCGUACUUCGCCACAGUAAAGCUGAUCUACACCGUCGGCUACAGCAUCUCUCUGGUGGUUCUGGCUGUUGCUGUGUUGAUCCUAUUGCUCUUCAGAAAGCUGCGUUGCGCCAGGAACUUCAUUCACAUCCAGCUCUUUGCCACCUUCAUCCUGAAGUCUGCGGCGGUGUUUAUAAAGGAUGCUACUCUGUUCUCCAGCGACGACACCAACCACUGCACCCUCUCCACUUUUGCCUGUAAGGUGUCUGUGGUCUUCUGUCACUACUGUGUCAUGGCAAAUUUUUUCUGGCUCCUGGUGGAGGCGCUCUACCUCAAUUCCCUGCUGCUCUCCUCUUUCUAUCACAGCCGCCGAUGCCUCUGGGGCUUCAGCCUGCUGGGAUGGGGUGUCCCUGUGCUCUUCAUAGUCCUGUGGAUUGGAUCCAGAGUGUACUUUGAGGACACAGAAUGCUGGGACGUCAACGAGGACUCGCCCUACUGGUGGAUCAUCAAAGGCCCGAUCGUCGCCUCUAUAGCGGUCAAUUUUAUGCUUUUCAUGAAUAUCAUGAGAAUCCUGAUGCAGAAGCUGAAUCCUCGGCUGAUCCAGUUCAACAACUCGUCUCAGUACAGACGCCUGACAAAGUCCACCCUCCUGCUCAUCCCUUUGUUCGGUACUCACUACAUGUUCUUCAAUUUUCUGCCCGACUACUUCAACGUCAGCCUGCGCCUCUGCAUCGAGCUCUGCAUGGGAUCCUUCCAGGGGCUGCUCGUGGCGAUCCUCUAUUGCUUUCUCAAUCAAGAGGUGCAGAAAGAAGUGCACAUGCAGUGGCUGCGGUGGCAGGAGAGGAGCUACGGCGUCGUGUCUCCUGCUGCGAAGGGCAGCCAGAUGGACACGCCCUUCUAGAGGCCCCGCAGACCUUCACCAUGCUUCUGUAGGAACUUUCCAAACUGAACUUUCACAGAGGAUUACUUCUGCGCACAUCAUCUUCUUUAGUGAGCUGUACAGGAAACACAAUGACAGAGUUGUCGAGCAGCAUCACUGAAGUCCUUCCAAACUGCACGACAGACUGACGCUCCGUCGGCCGGAGUGGAGGAAGUGAAGUUAACGCUCCAAAGGAGAAUAACUCUGGAAGCGCUUGACAUUUUUACACACACAUACUCCAAGACAGCUCCUGCCAGCUUUCAUGUGCGUUUCCCAAAGCGGCACCGUGGCAACACCUUUGAAAAGAUCAGCUUUUAGAUUUCCUUGUAGCCGUUACUCAUCAAAUUAAGGAGUGAUAAUUUAGCUGAGCUCGAAGCUCAGCCCGAACAAUAACAUGACCAUCCAUUAGAGAGAAAAAUGCAUCGUCACCAUUUGCUUUUUAACCAACAAAACUGCAUAUUAUUCACAUUUUAAUGCACUCAUUAAGUAGACGCUCGAGUAGGACCCAGGCCACAGUCUGAACACUUUGCACCCUGCUGACAGUUAACAUGACUUAUUUUUCAUUCCUCUCAUAGUGUGAACUGAUAUUCUAAUAUUAUGCUUCGUUACUUGGUGUGCGUUGAUCCUUCAGCACACAGGACAAUUCCUUCUAGGUAUGUUUAUGCUCUCUGGUGGACUUUUAACUUGUACAGAAUUUUUCUUUAUUUGCUUUUGUGCUCAGAUGCACAUGACGGACCACCACCACGAUACUGCACACUGUGAAGGUUAAAGGGGCUGUGAUGUUCUGUCGUGUCAGGAAGUCGAACAAUGGGACAGAAAUCUCUGCGUCCUCAACAAAAGCUGCUGUUUAGCACAGAAAUACAAACCAACUCUUUAUCCUGGCAAGAGUCAUGUCAUGUCAUUCAUGAUGAAUGAGCCGGUGUGAGGCGUGUGAAGAAUUUCCAAAUGUGAGAUAGAAAGAACCAUGACUUGUAAGUGUCUUUAAUGUAUUACAGAGGUAGAAGUAUUCAGUCGCUGAGCCCAACCGGGACAAAAAGACCUCGUUAUGUCUUGCUUUGCUCAUUGUGCAGUCUGAGUUUGUCAGUAGUUCGACUUAAGUGCUCCGAAGCGAAAUGACUGAAGUGACGAGGACGUGUUUCCCUUUUAUUGCUUUUUAACUUUGAAUCUUGGUCAAUUUAAUUAGAAGGUUUUGACAAAAAUGUACCUUUUUCAAAGUGAAAACAAGUUUCUACAAAAUAAUGUAAAUUCACUAAAACUCUAAACUGUAGAAUGAAUGACUGCAGAAGUGUUCACCUCCUUAAAGUCAGUAUUCAGUCGAUGCAUCUUUGGUCACAGUUACACCAUCGAGCCUUUGUCUAAAUUAGCCUUGCAAAUCUGGAGACUACAAUUUUAUCUCAUUCUUCUUUGCAAAGCUGCUCAAGCUCAGUCAGAUUACACAGGGACUGUGAGCGAACAGCUCUUUUUAGAUGAACUGAAGUCCAGGUUCUGACUCGCUCAUCUUUUUGUCAUUAAAUUAAAACGCUUCGGCGGUAUACUUUGGGUCAUUGUCUUGCUGGAAAACAGAUCUUCUCCCAAGAGACAAAUUCUCUUGCAGACUGGCCGUCCCUACACUUUUGCUGCACUGAUUCAAGGCCCUCCCUUUAGAGGAAGCUGCAGGCCUGGACAUGAUGAUGCUGCCACCACCAUGCUUCCCAGUGAGCAGCAGUGAUGAUCAUUAUUACACUUAUUGUGUAACUUGAAGCACCAACUGGCCAAAUCUGUGUAGAAGUAGGUGAGUCACGUUAAAGGACUUUGUAUGACUAUUAUUUUUAAGUAAUUGACAUUGCUUCAUUUAUUCUUUUUUCACUUUGACAGGAAAGACUUUGUAAAUUCAAAACAGCCAAAUGAAGUCGACCAUGAUUCAAUGUGGAAAAGCUGUAAAACCAGAAACCUUCCGAGGAGGCGAACACUUUUUAUAGGCGCUUUAUAGCUCCUAUUUAUUUUACACUCCUAAAGCCAAGUGGCAGUGAGUCCAUCUUAGUCUGAAAUACCAAACCGACUCUGAAACAUUUGAUAUUUACAACAGGACAGUGGUUUCUACGCUUCAACUUCCACAGCUCACUGACCUGCUACACUCACCAGCUUUGGCCCUCAUCUGUCUAAUUUUGUCUUCAUAUGUUCAGUUUUUGUUUUUUUU